UGUUUGACGCUCCAGGUGACGCUUUACCUGGCUAGAUCUUGUCAGCUCCCUAACGUUGUACAGGACAACUUCCUCUUUUGUGGCAACAGUCAAUAUCCCGCUCGCCAACAUGAAGGUUCUCCUUUUCCUGGUAGCAGCCAUCGCUGUCGUCUACGGACAAGCACCCCAACCAUGCAUUGCACCGAAGCUCUGGGAAGCCAGAAUGUCACGGAUCGACCCCUCUAAAAGGUUCUUCGAGCGUGCGCGCAUUUCGUACGACGCUAUCAACCAACGUGUCCGCGUCAUCGAGGAGGUGAACAUAAAGGAACAGAGGGACUUCUUCGAUGUGCUCUACCUCCACCAAGUCGGCAAGGAGUAUAGGUAUAACUUGAAGACCAAGGAGUGUGAAGUGAAGCAACUGGCUGAGCAGUUCCGCCCCUUUGAAGUGCCCGCCAACGCCACCAACUUCGGCGAGUCGUACAUAGGCACCUCUGCCUUCCCCGCAGAUGGCGUGCUGAUCACACUGUGGGGAGGAGAGUUCAGGGGAGGUAGGUACAUGGCUACCUUCACCAACAGCGGCUGUGUACCGGUGGAGGACGGUUUCUGUACGGAGCGCAUCGGAUGUGUCCACACAUCGUUCUAUGACGUAGUUGCAGGGAUCUCCGACCCAGAUGUCUUCAUUCCUCCAAAGGCGUGCGAGUAGGAAGAAUCCGAUAGAUGCGAAAUUCGUGACAUAAGUUUUAUUUCCGAAUGUGUUUCAUUUAUCUCACAAGAUGUCAGUCAACCAAAUGCAACCAAAAUAUACACAUAAAUAUUGAUUGAUUUUAAGAAGUUGUUGACCGAUGACAGACAAAUACAUAUUCAACUUUAAUAUUUUUAUUUCGUAUAUGAGAAAUGACUAUUAGAAAUUGGGUGCAAGGAAUUGAUAUAUGUCCCCCAAACAAUAAGAUACUGAUAAACUAUGCAUGCCGGCAGCCGGAUGAUUACCCUAAUCUCUAUUAAUGAUUAUAUUGCACUAGCGAACACACUAUCUAGACGUGUCACCUUUACGUUUUUCCGCACUGUUACCAUGAUAAUUAUUUUAUGUUACGGUGUCGGCUUGAAACAGCGACUGUAUGACGAGUGAUUGCCAUCUUGGUGUAAUCAAGUUGAAACUAUUGAAUACAGAAAGCAAUA